AAAUUUAUAGUUUGUUAUAGUUAUAGAUCUAAUCCAAGUGUGCAAAACCCCAUAUUAGUAUAACUAUAUAAACCAAUCCAAUCUCCCUCACUUCGCGUGUGUGCUUUUUUUUCCUGCGGAAAGUGAAUUAAGAGAUCAUAAUUAUAUGCCUAAAAAGGAGGCCGUGUUUGGGCAGAAUUAAGGGUUUAAUGGAGACACAAACAUUAACACAAGGUGGCGCAGAAGUGAGGAGGCUUCACAUCGUGUAUUUUCUCAGUAGAAAGGGGCGCAUCGAGCACCCUCAUCUCUUUCGAGUUCAUCAUCUCUCCAGAAAUGGAGUUCGAUUGCGAGAUGUGAAGAGAUGGUUGGCCGAGCUGCGUGGGAAGGAGAUACCUGCGUCGUUUUCUUGGUCAUACAAGAGGAGAUACAAGACAGGCUUUGUGUGGCAGGAUUUGCUUGAUGAUGAUCUCAUCACUCCCAUUUCCGACAAUGAGUAUGUGCUCAAAGGAUCCGAGAUUUGCUCCACCAACAUUAAAGAAUAUUCCUACACAGAGGAGAAAGUUGGUAAGCAGAGAGAUGAAGCAUGUUUAGAGCAAGAGGAGGAUAAGACCUUGUGCAAGGAAGAAACUCAGAGCGAUCCAACCGUCGAAGUGUCGACGAAAUCUGCGUCUGAAAUCGAGGAAGAAUCGCCGUCUUUUGGAUCGGAGACAUCCACGACGACGGAUGAGUCGGGGAAAGCUGAUGCAGCCAAAGAAGAGAAGGCGACGAGCAACGACAAAGUGGGGCGGCCGUGGCCUUUCUACUCGACGCUUUUGAGCAAGAAGAGGAGCAAGAAUGAUGACAAGGCUGCUGUUGUUGCUGUGGAGCUGUGCAAGAAGUCGUCGACGCCUCAAUGCAGCAAGAGCAGGAGCAACACAUCAAAAAUGCUGAAGAAUCUCAUCACUUGUGGAGAUGUGGAGACGAAUGAGUCGGCUGUAAAGGUUUUACCGGUGAAGAAGCAGAACAAGGCUUUCCUGAGCAUGUGUUCAGGCGACGUGGGGAACGUUCACACGGCCGCCUUGUGCAGAAGGGAUAGCGGCUUCGGAGGCUCGCAGAGGGCGUUUGAGAUUCCUACUUGGACUCAUCAAUACUUCAGUGGAAGGAGGAGCCUUGAUGGGAUUGAGGAUUUAAGGAAGAGCAAGAGUAAAUCAACAGCUUGCGCUGCUUAUAAGCCGGUGAACGGGCCGAGCUGCUCACAAUGUGGGAAGGUGUUCAAGCCGGAGAAGAUGCAUGCGCACAUGAGAUCUUGCAAGGGCCUAAAAGCAUUGUCGAAAUGCGCUGCUGCUGAUGAUAAGGAGGCAUCAAAAGGAAGUGGGGACUCAUUUUCUGGCCAUUUGCUCACUCAUUGAUGCUUACAACUUUUUUGCUUAGUGCUUUACUAACUAAACGCAAAUUUCAUAGGCAGACACAGAUGUAAACCGAUCCAACCUUCUUAAUCAAAAGAGAUGCAAUUUCGAUAA